GAGGCGCCAACUUCCCUCUUCCUCUUUAUUUCCCCCCUUUCCUUCCUUCCUUCGUUCCUCUGUGUGUGUGUGUGACAGCACUUGUGAGUUGUGACAGAAGGGGUCCGUCGUCUCGCUCGGUGGUGCCGGUGGUGGGCGGUUGCAUCCACCCGUCAGCCAAGCCAAGCCAAGCAUGGCGCCGGACCACGGCUCCAAGGUCGACAUCUCCUUCGCCGGCCGCUUCACCGCCAGCGCCAUCGCCGCCUGCUUCGCCGAGAUCACCACGAUCCCCCUCGACACGGCCAAGGUCAGGCUGCAGCUGCAGAAGAAGGCCGUCGCCGGGGAUCUCGCUGGGCCCAAGUACCGUGGCCUGCUCGGCACCGCCGCCACCAUCGCCAAGGAGGAAGGCGCCGCCGCGCUCUGGAAGGGCAUCGUCCCUGGCCUCCACCGCCAGUGCAUCUACGGCGGUCUCCGCAUUGGUCUCUAUGAGCCCGUCAAAUCCUUCUAUGUUGGCGAGAACCAUGUUGGGGAUGUACCUUUGUCCAAGAAGAUAGCCGCUGGCUUCACCACUGGUGCCCUUGCAAUCGCUGUGGCCAACCCCACUGACCUUGUCAAAGUCAGGCUUCAGUCUGAGGGGAAGCUGGCACCUGGUGUGCUGCGCCGUUAUACUGGGGCAAUGGAUGCUUAUGCCAAGAUUGUUAGGCAGGAAGGGGUUGCUGCUCUGUGGACUGGCAUUGGUCCGAAUGUUGCACGUAACGCCAUCAUAAACGCUGCUGAGUUGGCCAGUUAUGAUCAAGUGAAGCAGUCCAUUUUGAAACUUCCUGGGUUCAAAGAUGACGUGGUCACUCAUAUCUUGUCUGGUUUGGGCGCUGGCUUCUUUGCUGUUUGUGUUGGUUCUCCGGUCGAUGUGGUUAAGUCAAGAAUGAUGGGUGACUCUGCCUACAAGAACACUAUUGAUUGUUUUGUGAAGACCCUGAAGAAUGAUGGACCUCUGGCAUUUUACAAAGGCUUCCUUCCAAACUUUGCUAGACUGGGAUCAUGGAAUGUGAUCAUGUUCUUGACACUGGAGCAGGUUCAGAAGGCCUUUGUGAGAAAGCCUGCAAAUUAAAGAUGAGAUGAUAUGGGUUUUGUAGAAGGUGGUAUACAACAAGAAUGUGCGCGCAUUUGUUUUCUCCUACAUAAGACGUUAACCCUUGGGAGUUGUGGUACAAAGGACAAAUUUGACACCUCAACUGUGAGAAACUAUAAUAAAUUUUUGUCGGUCUUGACAGGACCUUAAACAAAUGCUGAGGUAGUUCGGAGAUGUCAAAAGUGUUGUUAAAUUUGUGUUGGAUGGAUGAACAUUAGCUGCAGUAGAUCUUGUCUGUGACGAGCCAGGAAGGCAACAAUGUCUUUGCUUGGUAUUCUAAUUGUUGAUGGUGUCCUGUGUUGUCUCCAUCUUCGUUGCAAUAAGCACACUGCCUUUGUUUGGUUUUUUAA